CGCACUCCCGGCACGCGCGCCUCUCGCUGCCUAGCCUCCGUCCCGGAUCCUUUGCCGCAGCGUCAGCGCCGCCGCCGCCUCUUUUCCUCAUCCUCCGCCUCCUCGGCCUCUGCCUCCUCUUCCUCCUCCGCCCCCUCCUCCUCCGCCUCCGCCGCCUCCCCCGACGCGGCGCCCGGAGCCCGUGCCCAGCCCCCGGCCGCGCGGUGCCAUGCUGCCCCGGCGGCGGCGCUGAAGGAUGGCGACGCCUGUCCCUCCGCCCUCCCCGCGGCACCUGCGGCUGCUGCGGCUGCUGCUCUCUGGCCUCGUCCUCGGCGCGGCCUUGCGCGGUGCGGCCGCCCGCCGCCCGGAUGCAGCCGUCUGUCCUGGGAGCCUGGACUGUGCCCUGAAGAGGCGGGCGCGGUGCCCCCCGGGUGCACGUGUCUGUGGGCCCUGCCUUCAGUCCUUCCAGGAGGACCAGCAGGGGCUCUGUGUGCCCAGGAUGCGCCAGCCCCAGGGGGAGGGCUUGCCCCAGCCCAGACUGGAAGAGGAGAUCGACUUCCUGGCCCAGGAGCUAGCCCGGCAGGAGGCGGGGCACUCCAGGCUCACGGCCCCACCCCAGCCUGAGGGGCGACUGCGGCUCCUGGAGUCUGCAUCCACCCUGGGGCUCUCAGAGCGUGGCCGGGGCCCCAACCUGGGCCUCCCCUCCACGCGGGGAGCGCCCACGCCCCGCACCUCCUCCCUGCGCUCCACUGUGUCAUCUGGGCCUGUGCACAUGUCCCCGCUGGAGCCGCGGGGCGGGCGCGGUGACGGCCUUGCCCUCCUGCUGAUCGUGGCGUGCUCCGUGGCCGGCGCGGCCGCCCUUGCCGUGGCCGUUCUCUGCUGGUGUCGGCUGCAGCGAGACGUUCGCCUGACCCAAAAGGCCGACUAUGCGGCCCCGCAGGCGCCCAGCUCCCCAGCCACGCCCAGGAUCUCGCAGCCCGGGGACCAGCGGCUGGCGCACAGCGCGGAGAUGUACCACUACCAGCACCAGAGGCAGCAGAUGCGGUGCCUGGAGCGGCAUAAGGAGCCCCCCAAGGAGUUGGACUCCGCCUCCUCCGACGAGGAGAACGAAGACGGCGACUUCACGGUGUACGAGUGCCCCGGCCUGGCCCCGACUGGAGAGAUGGAGGUGCGGAACCCACUGUUCGACCACGCCUCGCUGUCCGCGCCCCCGCUGCAGUGACCCGAAGGCUGAUGCCCACCCUCUCGUGGAUGCGCGGCCCACGGGGGGGGGAGGGGCAGGCCCCAGCCUUUGCCAUUAAAGAGACUGUGUCCUGACACGCGUGUGCUUGCGGCUGGGGCCCCGGGGCAGCUGGGAAGCCCUUGCCGGGGAGACUCCCCCUGCUGCCAGGGACCUUCUCUGCUCCUUGCACCUGCCCCUCACAUCUGGACACCCCCAGUCGAGGGGAGGAAGACAACCCGAGAGACAAGGCCUGGAUUGGGAGUCCGGGAGACAAGCCAAUUAAAGUACAUUUCAAAACUUUG